UCCUCCAUCAUGUCGAAAUCAAGAAGCCCCCUCCUCAUCCGAUUCCUCUCGGACUUCACCCUGGGCUUCUCAGAUGGCCUCACUGUGCCCUUCGCCCUCACUGCGGGCCUCAGUUCCCUAGGGCGCGCUGACACCGUCAUCUACGCUGGUCUUGCAGAACUCUGUGCGGGAAGCAUUAGCAUGGGCAUUGGCGGCUAUCUCUCCGCAAAAGACGAAUUGCCCUCGACUACGACAGAGAACCGAGAUGGCGACGAGGAGGAGCUUAAGGGCAUGCUUCAUCAUGACAGCGGGAGGGAGAGCAUCGAUGAGAAGAACAAAGAGGCGCAGGAGAUGCUAGUAAGGCGGCAUCUGGAGCCCCUCGCUUUGCCUGGGUGGAUGGUCACGGACAUCGUGUCGACUCUCAAGGAGCGUCCCGAGGGCUUGUACGACGUCGUCCGCCAACUGCAUUCCUCACGAGCCACAUUCUCCGUCGAAGAGACGUCUGGUGGCGCGGAUCAGUUGCCCAUCUGGCCGCUCGCUUCGGGUCUAUCCAUCUCUCUGGGUUACAUUAUCGGCGGCACCAUUCCUCUGCUGCCCUACUUCUUCGCUUCGACAGUCGGUCUUGGUCUCCGGUGGAGCAUUGCCCUGUGUCUGUUGGCUCUGAUGUCAUUCGGUGCGGGCAAGAGCUGGUUGCUGAGAGGAGGAGACGCCUCGAGCAGUUGGAUGCGCUGCAUUUGGGAGGGUGUACAGAUGCUGAUUUUGGGAAGCUUGGCCGCCCUAGCUUCAGUGUUAUGUGUAACGCUGCUGGGGGCCAGUGAGGAGAUGAAGGGGUAA